CUCCUGAGGUCAAGUGAGGUCAGGUACGCACCCAACAACAUUUGCCCAGCUGCUGUGCCUGCUCUAAAUAAGGAUGAGUUACCUUCUCCCUCGACUCACUACGAAAGCUGAAGUCGACCAGGCGAUCAGGAACACCGCCGAGUUAGUUCUAGUGCUGAGGUUCGGGCGGGAACACGACCCCGUGUGCCAACAACUGGACGAUAUCCUGUCCAAGACUUCCAAUCUACUCUCCAAAAUGGCAGCCAUCUACAUAGUGGAUGUGGACAGUAUACCGGUCUACACACAGUAUUUUGACAUCACCCUCAUCCCUGCAACCAUCUUCUUUUUCAACGGACAGCACAUCAAAGUAGACUAUGAUAGACCAGAUCACACCAAGUUCAUUGGGAGCUUCAGGAACAAACAGGACUUUAUUGACCUGGUGGAAGUGAUCUUCAGGGGUGCGAUGAGGGGAAAGGUCAUGGUUCGCAGUCCCAUUGACCCCAGGAACGUCCCUAAAUAUGAACUCCUCUACAAGGAAAUCUAACUGUGUGUCAAAGCACUUUUAUUUAUGUUGUACAGACUAUAUGUACAGAUGUAUUAUAUGGAAACACAGGAGAACAAGUUUAAUGUUCUUACUUAUAUAUGUAUAAAGGGAUCUAUUUUGUACAUGAUAACUAUUUUACAAAGUCUUACUUCAUCAAAUGGUCAAUGCAACUCAUGCAAUGUACCAUUUAGUUUGACAAAAAUAAAACUCAAAUGAAUCCAUACUUAA